UCCUCCCACUGUUCCUUUCCUUCCCUUGGCUUCCACAAGCCCCGCCCACCGGCCUGCCCCGCUGAUAGAUUGGCAGAUGCGGCGGAAGCUCUUGCAGGGCUGCCGCCAACCCUAGGGGUUUACUGUUUUGCCUCGUGCAUGGAUUGAUUUUAUAAAUGAAAAAUUAACCCAACUCUGUCCUCGUCUUUCUAACUAGUGACACUGUGGUCAGGGAGCAAAGCUUGACAAUUCAACCUAGUUGUAUUAAUAUAAAACGACUUGUUUGGCUUCAAGGUUAAGGCCCCUUGAAUGUUAGAACUACGCAAUCCUAUCCAUCCGUCAUAGUUCCUCAGUACAUAGUUAAUGAACGAAGAAUAAAUGGAUACUGGGCAGGAAAGACAAGAAAUAUGCCAAACCCUAGAAGAAGCUACUUAAAGGGAAAGUGCUAGACACUUUCAGUGCCUUGUGUUAAGUCUUGCCUCUGAAAAUAAGAUACAGGAGCUCAUUCAACCGACUUUCAUUAGUAACAACAGCUGGUGCAACUGGUAUGAGCAAAUAUGAGUGGAUAAAAGGAAGUAAUCAAUGUGGUCAGUCUUUCUUUAGCAGGAAGGAUUCCAUUCGCACCAUCUAUACAUCCCUGCAUAAUGAGCUGAAGAAGGUGGUGACAGGCCGAGGAGCUCUGGGUGGGACUGCUCCGCAUGUGGAAGAACUCCUUUCCCACCUAUCAGAGCAGCUCUGCUUCUUUGUUCAGGCUCGGAUGGAGAUCGCAGACUUCUAUGAGAAGAUGUACACCCUCAGUACACAGAAGUUCAUCAAUGCUGAAGAGCUUGUGGGCCUUCUGGACACCAUCCUCAAGAAAUACAGCUCCAGAUUUCACCACCCAAUCCUCAGUCCUUUGGAGAGCAGUUUCCAGUUGGAAGUCGAUGUCUUGAGUCAUCUCCUAAAGGCCCAGGCUCAGGUCUCAGAGUGGAAGUUCCUCCCUUCCCUGGUUAACUUGCACAGUGCUCACACCAAGCUGCAGACCUGGGGCCAAAUCUUUGAAAAGCAGCGAGAGACCAAGAAGCAUCUGUUUGGAGGGCAGUCACAGAAGGCCGUUCAGCCCCCACACCUUUUCCUUUGGCUAAUGAAACUCAAAAACAUGCUCCUCGCCAAGUUUAGCUUUUAUUUUCACGAGGCACUGAGCCGACAAACUACUGCUUCAGAAAUGAAAGCAUUGACUGCAAAAGCUAACCCAGACCUUUUUGGAAAGAUUUCCAGCUUCAUCAGGAAAUACGAUGCUGCCAAUGUGUCCUUAAUUUUUGACAACCGAGGUUCAGAGAGUUUUCAGGGUCAUGGCUAUCAUCACCCCCAUUCCUACAGAGAAGCCCCUAAGGGCGUGGACCAGUACCCAGCCGUGGUUUCUCUGCCCAGCGAUAGGCCUGUCAUGCACUGGCCCAAUGUCAUCAUGAUCAUGACAGACCGCACGACUGACCUGAACAGCUUGGAGAAAGUGGUCCACUUCUACGAUGACAAAGUUCAGAGCACCUACUUCCUAACCCGCCCAGAACCUCACUUUACCAUUGUGGUCAUUUUUGAGUCAAAGAAAUCUGAAAGAGACUCCCACUUUAUUUCCUUCCUCAAUGAGUUGUCACUUGCUCUAAAGAACCCCAAAGUUUUUGCAAGUCUAAAACCUGGAUCCAAAGGUUAGCUGGUGACAUUGUGUGAAGAUUCUCAAGACUAAAAAUUGUUGUUUUUAAUUGCUGUAAUGAUCUACAGUGGUUUGUGACUAGAAUUUACAUGCAUUCAUGCCUCUUUCAGAGCUAAAUUAAAAACAAAUCCUCCCUAAUUAUGUUGCACACUUUAUAAAUAGUUAAGACCAAUUGAAUUAAAUAUCCAAAGAGUAAUAUAGGAAAUUAUCAUGGAUUGCUGUCCAUAUGCAUGUAGAGCAAAGUAGUUUUGGUAUUUUCUCCUAUUUUUCUGUAUUUCAUUUAGAUUCUGUUUAGUCUUUGAUUUUUUCCUUCUAGAUAUUUUUUAUUAUUCCAAACAGUGUGUUUUAAUGCAUUUCCAAGCAUCCCUUUCUUCCCUUCCUGGAAAAGUAAUUGGGGUAGGAUAUUAAAUGGGUAUGUUUUUGUCUCAUAAGUUAGUCAAUUAACAUGGAGCUUCUUAAUUUUGGUAUAAAAAUUAAUAUUUUGAUGCCACAGGAUCUUGGUAGAAAUUUCUAUUACCUACAGAAGUUAAAGAUGGAUUAUUAGUACUAUAAUAUCAAGCUUUAAUGGUUAAAAGACCUUCAUGGCAGCUUUAAUGGUCAUAGGUUCUUUCAGAGUGAAAGAACUAAUACAUGUACUUUUACUGUUAUAAGGUUUGAGUUUUCACUGUCUGCAUAAGCCAUCAUAAGAGUUUUUCAUUCUUUAGUGUAUUAUCAUCCGUACUUUCCGUUUAUCACUCCCCUGUUGAAAUAUAUGUUCAUGUUUGGCUCUACUGGUUAAUUUUAGGCUUACAAAGCAUGUAGUGUUGGUUUUUCAACCACUUGAAGUUUGUCACACAACAGAGCCUACUUUUGUAAAGUCAAAAUGAAGACCUUUUGAUACCUAGCACUUGCUAAAAAUCACUUAUGCUUUCAAAAAACCUCUUUUUUAUAGUAGAAUAAUCAACUCAGUACCUAUGCACUUUGAACUUGGGUUUCAUGUCUGCCUCCUACAAAUUAUAAGCAGUGCUGCACCUUAGCCUGCCUUAUCAUUUUGCUCUAGUAUGUGUUCAUAGGAAAGUAGAUAGAUCAGUGAAGGAAUAAUAGGCUGUGGGAAUCUACACUUCUGUCACUGGUUGAGGGUAACAGUAACCACAAAGAAUAACUUGAUUGUUACUACUUUGAUAGUUUCUUCAAAGCUUGUGUGAAAUGUAAAGAUCAGACCAGUCUUGUCUUUCAUGAUACAUUGGAGCCAUUGGGCAUCCACAGCAGGGAUGGGAGGGGCGUCAGCAGAACCGAGACUCAAUGUGGGAGGUCUGCCCACCUGACUUCUUCUCUGGAGAGAAUAUGUUUUUAUUUUCCUUUAUUUUUUUUUGUACCAGGGAUUGAACUCACAACCUCAUGCUUGCCAGGCAAGCACUUAUGCCGCUGAGCUAAAUCCCCAGCUUCUGGAGAGAAUAUGUGUUUUUCUUUUCUUUAUUUCUCUUUCUCUCUUUUUUAUCAUAUUGUUUGUAAAAAGCCAGUUCACUUUAAGUAGAUAGUAGUGUUUAUCUCUUCAUUGUCUUCACUCAAGUUUUAUAAAAAUAUAAAUAGGUUUUACAUUGAUCUAACAAAAAUUGAAAACAGUUGGAAAUAAAGAGUCAAAUAGUUUUCCCUCCUUUUUGUGUUUUGCCAAAAAACUGAAAAAUGUUCCUUAGUGUUUAUGUAUCUUUCUUUCCAAGAUAAAGCCACCAUUAGCCUUAAUGAUAGGGUCCCCACAUAAAAGAAUCUAUGCUUCCAUGGAGCCCAGAGAGGAGUGUAAAUAAAACCUACAUAUAAUACAUAAGUAAAAUAUAUAAAUAUUUGAAUUGUAUAUUUAUUUUUAAAUCUAUUUUUAAGCAUAAAUACAAAAAGAGUUUACGACAGAAGGUAAAUGGGACUGUUAAACAAAUUCACAGUCACUAUGCAGCUGUCAUAGACUGUACUGAUGGAGUCUUUGAAGAUUAAAUAUUGAUACUUUAAUCAUUUCUUAAGCUCUUCAAUAAGGUUUUCUAAUUACAUUAAGAAGACAUAUUUUGGUUCAUAACAAAGCCAUUUUUCUCUCUUAAGAUUUGUCCUCUAAGGACAAUAUGAGAUGAGGUGUAAUACAUGCGUUUAAUUGAUUUGAAGAGUGAAUCUGUACAUUUUCUAUGGACUGCCUACUUUGAAAUCUGUUGCCAAACCGCAGCCUGAUAAAUGUUUAUGGGUAACUGGGAUUAGCAGUCAACACCGAGCUUGCCAGAGUUGUUCAGGCUUCUGAACGACUGUUGACUUCAGGCUGUUGUUGGACACAGGAAGAACAUUUACAACUUCGUUUUCUCUUCAUCCAACCUGAUAUUUGCUGUGUUGUUUUGUGGGGAGUGUGUGAACUGAUUUGUGCAUUUGGACAUGUUGGGAAAGGUUGCUUUCAAGAAAGAAAACAAUUGAUACUUCACUUUACUCGUAGUGGAAUCACUUAGGUGAUGUUUACAAUAUGUCCAGACUGAUCUAGUAGCAAGUUAAGUUCUGAGUUCACUAUUUCUGUCUGUAAAAUGGGGAUACAAAAAUGUGAGUUACCUCUUUUAAAGGCUACUAUCAACUGUAAAGAAAUCAUACUAAAAAAGGAUUUGAAAACUUGGUAUAGUUUGAAAACUGUUUAAAUAAAAGAUGAAGCCGCUCUUCCCUUAAA